AUGGCCGGAGCGGGCCGCCGCCGCGUGGUGUUCUUCCCGUUCCCGUUCCUCGGCCACUUCAACCCGGUGCUCCGCCUCGCGGGCGCGCUGCACGCGCGCGGCCUCGCGGUCACCGUGUUCCACACCGAGCAGCGGGUGCCGGACCCGGCCGACUACCCCGCGGACUACCGCUUCGUGUCCCUCCCCGUGGAGGUGCCCCCGGAGCUGGCGGCGUCCGAGGACAUCGCUAGGAUGGGCAUGGCCAUGAACGACGCCGCCGAGGCCCCCUUCAGGGACCGGCUGGCCGCGCUGCUCGCCGAGGAGGAGGCGGAGGACGGCGGCGUCCUCUGCGUCAUCACCGACGUCGUGUGGUACUCGGCGCAGGCCGUGGCCAGGGAGCUCGGCGUGCCGGCGCUGGGGAUCAUGACCGCCAGCGCCGCCAUCUUCCGCGUCUACAUGGCGUACCAGACCUUGAUUGACAAGGCCUACUUGCCCGUGCAAGAUGCGCGCAAGGACGAUCCGGUGGAGGAGCUGCCGCCGUACCUUGUGAAGGAUCUGCUGCGGCACGACACGAGCAAGCUGGAGGACUUCGCGGAGCUGCUCCGGCACACCGUCGCCGGGGCGCGCCAGUCCUCGGGCCUCAUAAUCAACACCCUGGGCGCCAUCGAGGCCGCCAACCUGGAGCGGAUCCGCGAGGACCUCUCCGUCCCGGUGUUCGCCGUCGCGCCUCUCCACAAGCUGGCGCCGUCGGCCAAGUCCAGCAGCCUGGGCGAGACGCAGGCGGACCGCGGAUGCCUCGGCUGGCUCGACACGCAGGAGCCCGGCAGCGUGCUGUACGUGAGCUUCGGGAGCCUGGCCGCCAUGGACCCGCACGAGUUCGUGGAGCUGGCGUGGGGGCUGGCGCUGAGCAAGCGGCCGUUCGUGUGGGUCGUGCGGCCCAAGCUCAUCCGCGGGUUCGAGUCCGGCGAGCUGCCCGACGGGCUCGGGGAGGAGCUGCGCGGGCGCGGCGUGAUCGUGAGCUGGGCGCCGCAGGAGGAGGUGCUGGCGCACCCGGCGGUGGGCGCCUUCUUCACGCACAGCGGCUGGAACUCGACGGUGGAGGCGAUAGCGGAGGGCGUGCCGAUGAUCUGCCACCCGCUGCACGGCGACCAGUACGGCAACGCCAGGUACGUGGCCGACGUGUGGAGGGUGGGCGUGGAGGUCGACGGCUCGCACCGGCUGGAGAGAGGGAGCAUCAAGGCCGCCAUUGGGAGGAUGAUGGAGAGCGGGGAGGGGCGGGAGAUCGGGGAGAGGAUGAAGGCGCUGAAGAUGGCCGCGGAGGAUGGCAUCGGCGAGCGUGGGUCGUCCCACACGCAUCUCAGCGAUUUGGUGGCUCUCAUCAAGUCAUUCUGA